AUGCGUGGGGAUGGGAAACAGGACACAUGGGCAUCUGAAAAGAAAAUCUGCUUCGUCCAUGACCUGCCUGAUGAGGUGUACUUCCAGAGUCCAACAGGGGAAGGCACAUACAGCAGUCUGCAGAUGCCAGCACAGGCUGAGCCCCCCCCCAACUCUGCUUCAGAUGCCUCAGGGCCUGUGAUGGGUGAAAUGAGGGAGGAGCAGAAAGGUUUCGAAGAAUUGCAACUUAAAGACAGCAUGGAAAGUGCCAGAGGAGAGGGAGGCAGCUAUGUCGAUGAGGUAGAGGCAGCAGCAGCUGCCAACACAGGGGAGGAGGCCGAACAUGGGGGGGCAGAUGAGAAGAAGGAGCAGAGGCUAGAUUGUGACCUCGCCAUCUGCAGCCUGCCAGCUGUGAGCAGAGACAAUUCCCAGCACCUGCAUAGGAAUCUGGGAGAUUCAGAGACCCGGGAUGCCUCAAGGAUCCUUUCUCUGCAACAUGUAACUUGGGGGCUGGAUAUAGUGGACCAUCCUGUCUGCCCCAGGGAGUGGAGAAGAGGCCUCUUGAACCUGGUGUUCACCUCACAGCAACCUUGUUCACACCUGAGUGGGGAAUGGAGUGCCACAGAGCUGGUCAGUGGCUGGACAGAGAUCUUUGAGAAGAUAGGCAUCCCAGAGGCCCUGGAAUCCAGUGAAGACAUCAUGGCUCAUGUCCUUGGAACCAAAACAUUUCAGAGCCUAAAGCCAGUAUGUAGGAACUAGCCAUUGUCCCCUCAGCAACUUCAUGACAUCCAGAAUCUGAGUGGUCCCAUACUGCAGAGGAUGCCUUUGCAGUACAUCCUUGGGGACUGGGACUUUUGCUGGCUCAAUCUGAAGAUGACACCCUCAGUGUUCAUUCCUCAACCAGAGACAGAGGAACUGGUUGAAUGGGUGCUGGAGGAGGUAGCCCAGCAUCCCCAUGUGGCUGGAACCCACAGUGACCCUCUCAUUCUGGAGGUGGGCUGUGGGUCAGGAGCUGUUUUGCUCAGCCUGUUGAACCAGCUUCAUGAGAGCCAAGUCAUUGCUGUGGAUAAGGACGAAGCCUCCUUCAGACUGACCCAGAACAAUGCUCAAAGGCUAAGGCUGCAGGAGAGAAUUCGGAUCAUCCCCCUGGAUGUGACCUUAGCCAGGGCUGCUGGUGAGAGACUCGGUAUAGAUGUGCGACUUGGUAUAGAUGUGCAAGACUAUCCCUAUACAGGUCUGAGGGAUCAUAGAAGAACAGCUAUCCAGGGCUGGAAUUGUGUCUUAGAGGUUGAUGGCUAUGCCCUGAAGCUCUUAGUAGAUCCAUCCGUGCUUUGUGUCUCCUUUGACAGAGGGGAGCUGGAUACUCCUUUUGCCCUGCGCACCCCUGGAUCCAUUUAUCAGCAACCCUCCCAAAGUCUUCCCCCGGGACAUGGAGCAGCUGACCCCAGAAAUCCUCAGAGGAAAGUGUCUGGAUUUACCAUUCCAGCAACAGGCUCCCAGAUGCUCAUGCAGGGUGAAGAGGGGAGAAUGGGUCGAAAUGAUGACUUCCUUCUGUGUUUCCCUGGCAGUGCUGAAAACCAGACCCAGAGCUUCUGGGCUUCAGUGCACAUAGCACAUGAGCAAAUGCUGGAGGGCACAGGUAUGGCUGACUCACCACCCUUCAAGAGAGGCAAGAAGGAUGAACACAGUGGCAGAGGACCUGUUCCUCAGCAGAAAGCCUUGCAAGGUUCUGAAUAUCACCCUAAGAGCCUACAGAGCAACAGAUGCUGCAGCCAUCUCAGUGAAUCACACUGGGGCACCGAGGUCACCAUGCUUAACCUUGUUCAUGGUACUCGUGUUAGAACUCAGAGUAUUGUACUUGCUUGGCUCCCCAAAGAAGUGAUACCCUUGGAUACUGGAUAUUUCUACAUGAGGAGGAGGGAGGUUGGGAAGUUUGUAAGGAACACAGGAGAACAGGGCUUGCAGAUGCAGAUUCCAGCAAUUGGUGUGAGGUGUAGUCCGUUAGGUGAGGCCGACUUCAUCUCAGCCUUGCCAAUUGCCCCCAAGUAUUACAAGCCUCAGCCACUGUCAAGGGCAGAGACUGGACACCUGAGGAGGGAGCAAACUGGAGAGCAGCAAGAUUG